CCUGCAGCCACCGCGGGAGCCGCGCCGCAGAGCCGCGCCGCGAUGGAGCGGGGACCGGAGAAGGCUUCCGCCGAGGAAGAAGCGGCCCCCCUGCUGCCGGAUCCGGCCCCGAUGCCUCCGUCGGGCGGGUCUCGGCGCUUGCCGGGUGGGCUGGGAUCGGCGGAGGCGAUGGCGGCGCUGGGGGCGAUGGGGCGGCGCCUGCUGUGGCUCCUGCCCGUGUACCUGGCCGGGCGGGCCGGGCUGAGCGUGGGCUUCGUGGUGGCCGGCGUGGCCCUCUACCUGGGGUGGCGCGGGCGGCGGAGGAGCAAGGAGCAGUCCCUGCGCGCCGCCGGGCUGGUCCUGGGCGACGAGGAGGCGGCUGUCAGCGCCACCGCCUUGGGACGGAGCCUGGGGCAGAGCCAGAGCCAGCUGCCCGCCUGGGUCAGCUUCCCAGAUGUUGAGAAAGCUGAAUGGCUCAACAAGAUUCUGGCCCAGGCCUGGCCAUUCUUUGGCCAAUACAUGGAGAAGUUAUUGGUGGAAAACAUCGCCCCAAGCAUCCGGGCCUCCAACACCCAUCUGCAGACUUUCACCUUUUCCAAAAUUGACAUGGGAGAGAAGCCCCUCAGAGUCAUUGGAGUUAAGGUCCACACUGGCCAGAACAAAAAGCAAAUUUUGCUGGAUCUAAAUAUCAGCUACGCGGGUGAUGUCCAGAUUGACGUGGAAGUGAAGAAGUUUUUCUGUAAGGCAGGAGUGAAAGGCAUGCAGUUGCAUGGCAUGUUACGGGUGAUCCUGGAGCCGCUCAUUGGCAAUGUCCCAAUUGUAGGAGCGCUCACCAUGUUCUUCAUUCGCCGGCCAACUCUGGACAUUAACUGGACUGGAAUGACCAACCUUUUGGACAUCCCUGGGCUGAGCUCACUGUCUGACACCAUGAUCAUGGACUCCAUUGCCUCUUUCUUGGUCCUCCCCAACCGCUUGCUCAUCCCCCUGGUCCCUGAUCUCCAUGAAGCAGCUCAGCUCCGCUCCCCAAUUCCCAGGGGCAUUGUUCGUGUCUAUUUAAUGGAGGCUAAGGACCUACAGUCCAAGGAUAAGUACAUCAAGGGGAUGAUUGAGGGCAAGUCAGACCCAUAUGCCGUUGUGCGUGUGGGAACCCAGGUCUUCACCAGCAAAGUCAUUGACGAAAACCUCAACCCCAAGUGGAAUGAGAUGUAUGAGUUCAUUGUACACGAGGUGCCUGGGCAGGAGCUGGAGGUGGAGCUCUUUGACAAGGAUCCCGAUCAGGAUGACUUCUUGGGCAGGAUGAAGCUGGACUUUGGGGAAGUGAAGCAGGCCCGUGUGUUAGAAGAGUGGUUCCCAUUGCAAGACGGUGGCCGGGCGCGUGUGCAUUUGCGCCUGGAGUGGCACACGCUUAUGUCUGAUACCUCCAAGCUUGAUCAGGUUCUUCAGUGGAACAAAACUCUCUCCACCAAGCCAGAGCCCCCGUCAGCUGCCAUACUGGUUGUCUAUCUGGAUAGAGCACAAGAACUCCCACUGAAGAAAUCCAGUAAAGAGCCCAACCCUAUGGUGCAGCUCUCCGUCCACGAUGUCACCCGGGAGAGCAAGGUUGUUUACAACACCGUCUCUCCCGUCUGGGAUGAUGCCUUCCGAUUUUUCAUGCAAGACCCAACUGCAGAAGACAUAGAUAUACAGAUCAAAGAUGACAACCGGCAGACCACCCUGGGCUCCCUCACGAUCCACCUGUCCCGACUUUUGAACGCUGACGAUUUGACCCUCGACCAGUGGUUCCAGCUGGAGAACUCUGGGCCCAACAGCCGCAUCUACAUGAAAGUUGUUAUGCGGAUCUUGUAUCUGGAUGCUCCUGAAGUUUGCAUCAAGACCCGACCAUGUCCUCCAGGACAACUGGAUGUCACUGAAAGUGCCACAGUGGGCAGCAGCGUUGACCAGCCUCCUCGCCCCACCAAAGCCAGUCCAGAUGCCGAGUUUGGCAUGGAGAGUGUAGUUCGCAUUCAUCUGCUGGAAGCUGAGAAUCUCAUUGCCAAGGAUAACUUCAUGGGUGGGAUGAUCAAGGGCAAAUCGGAUCCAUAUGUGAAAGUGCGUUUGGGGGGACAGAAGUUCCGCAGCCGCGUCAUUAAGGAGGACCUGAACCCACGCUGGAGUGAGAUCUACGAGGUCAUCGUGAGUGACAUCCCAGGACAGGAAGUGGAGUUUGACCUCUAUGAUAAAGAUGUGGAUAAAGAUGACUUCCUGGGAAGGUGCAAGAUCCCUUUGAGGCAAGUGCUCGGUAGCAAGUUUGUCGAUGAGUGGCUUCCCCUGGAGGAUGUGAAAUCGGGACGGCUCCACGUAAAGCUGGAGUGCUUGCCCCCCACAUACAGUGCUGCAGAGCUGGAGCAGGUGUUGAUAGUGAACAGCUUGAUCCAGACGCCAAAAAGUGAGGAGCUGUCAUCUGCUCUGCUCUCAGUCUUCCUUGACAGGGCUGCUGACCUGCCAAUGCGGAAGGGCUCAAAACCCCCAAAUCCUUCUGUCAGCCUCUCUGUCCGUGGCAUCUCCUAUAAGACCAAGGUCUCCUCACAGACAGCUGAACCAGUGUGGGAUGAAGCUUUCUCCUUCCUUAUCAAGAAGCCACACACCGAAUCUUUGGAGUUGCAGGUGAAAGAUGACGGGCACAUCUUGGGGUCGCUCUCCCUCCCCCUGACGCAACUACUGGUAGCAGAAGGGCUAGUCCUCGACCAAUGGUUCCAGCUCAACAAUGCCGGAUCAACCUCCCAGAUCCUAAUGAGAGUGCAGCUUGGGCUUCUGGUCUCUCAGCACUCUGGAGUGGAGGCUUUUCAUGCUGUGAUGGGUGAAGACAAUGAAGAGAGCUUGCUGAAGGGCUCUGAGACAGAGCUGUACAUCCAGGAGGAUGGGGACACUAGAUCCAUGCAAGAACUGCGCCAGCGCAUGCCACAUGCCAACAGAUCGGAUGAGUGGUCUUGGAGCUUUUUGCCAGAAAGAGACAGACAACGCUUGCUGUUUAUCAAUUUGGAGCUCUCAGACUCACCCCUGGGACAGCUGCACCUCACCGUCUGGUACAACAUGGAUGCCCGCAAACUCAUUGCCAUCAUACAUGCCUGCAGGAAUCUGAAGUCAAGUGCCAAGGAUAUUCCUGAUCCCUACGUCUCCCUCAUUCUGCUGCCUGACAAAUCCCGUGUCACCAAGAGAAAGACUGCUGUGCGGAAGAAGACUCUUAACCCGGAGUUCAACGAGAAGUUUGAAUGGGACCUAACAUUGGAAGAAGCUCAACGGAGAAAGCUGGAGGCCUACAUCAAAAAUAGUGUCUCAUUUAUGUCCCGAGGAGAGCCAAUUGGAAAGGUACACAUUGAUCUCUCACAGAAGGACCUGACACAGGGUGCUGCCCAGUGGUACGACUUAAAAGAUGACAAAGCCAGCUCCUAGUCUCCACGGUGCCUCCUUUCUUGAAACUUAACCAUCCAUGGGGUUAAAGAGCUGGCAUGAGCGCUGCUGCCACCACCCGCUGCCACCCUUCACUGCAGGAUCGCACGCUCGCCGCCCUCUGCCCCUACUGGGUGGCCUUUUCAGUGUUUUGUUUUUAAGCAAUCAUAGUGUUGUUGUUUUUUUAAAAAAUCAACUUUUUCCAUGUAAAGCUCUUUAGGGCAGAGAAGUUACUUCUGGGUGAAUUUUGUUGGAGAUGAUACGGGGAGGGAGGGAGGGGCAAGGCAGGAAGAGUCACUCCUUGCAUUCACUAUUUGUGCUUCUCUCAACAUUUCAAGCCACACGCUGCCUUUUUUAUUGACCAAAGAAGCGGGCCUUUUUCAUCCUUCUAUUGAGGGUAAUGUUCCUAGGUCCUCUAGAUGCUUUCUGGAGGAGAAGGUCCAAAGACCAGCAGUAAACAGAGCUCCAGGUGUGACAUAUUAGCUACAGAAGCAUAAGGAGACCAAGCAUUGGAGGGACCAAUUCUUUUCCCCCGCAGUAGUAGCAGAGGAUAAAUAACCAAAGGGUUUUUAUACAUGAGGAUGGUCAGUGGUGUCUCUUGAGUGGGGCAGCCACCCAUUUUUAUCUAGAAAAGGAACAUGAUACAACUUCUGCUCUGGGAUUGCUCACCAGGGAGAAGUGGAUAGUGGUUGGGAAGCUGUCUUAGUUCUCCUGCUAAUAUGGUUCUCUGGUGGCAUUCACUCAUACUGAAUGAUAGGAUUGAAAAACAGAUGUAGAGGAGGAGAUGCAAUAGCUAAAAAAAUUAUUUGUGCUCUGCUCCAUCCCAUUUGGGAAUCCAUGGCUCUGACGUCUCUGCUUUUACCUGAUGCCCCAAGCUGCACUGUGUCUCUUUUCUAUUUUUUUUAAUGUUGUAUUUUUGCAAAUCCUGUCUCCUAAGAGCAGCAGUUCAGGAUCACCUGGCCACACAGAACCCGUUCCUUGUUUGUCCCAACUUCUUUACGUUGAGUCUGUUUGGUAUCUUGUGCCAUUCCACUGUCUGCUGCUGAAUCCAGAUGGACAGAGAGCUUCUGUGAAAUAUCUUUAUUUGUGCCACUUUUUAUUAGUGCUGUUUUUAAAACGAAUGUUUGUUUGGUGCCUUCUUGCACUCCAGUCCCAGAAUGGGGCACGUGGAGUGGAAAAACCUCCUCCACCUCACCCCUCCCUACAAAAGCUUCAAGGCUUUGUAUGUUUCUGUAGCAAGGAAAAUGUGAUUCCAUGCUCCAAAUCAGAUUUUACAGUGAUGCAGAAUUUAUUUAACUAUACAUAGAUUAAUUUGCAAUAAUUACAUUUUGACUCUCCUUUGAUAUUUUGAAUGGUAAAGUGGUGGGGGGAAUGAACGGACAUGACGUCAAUGAGGUGAAAGGUGGUUUGCUUCAAGGAAGGAGACAUCGGAUGGGGGACAUAAGACCAGAAGCCCUGCUCCUGGUUCCUGAACAUAUACUGAAAGCAUGACUGUUAACAUCUUCUCUGCUGCAGCAUGAAGAACUUCAAACAUGAGCUUCUAGGGCUUUCCUACGCAUUAAGAACUCAAGAGCUCUAUCCUCUUUCUUAGAGCAAGAAAUCACUGCUUGCACAUUUGCACUGCUAUGAGAGCUUGGGAUGGAUAGGAGAAGUAGAAUGAACAGUAUUCAAAAUAGUGCUCACCUCACUCAGACAUACACACUAGGCAUGGGCAAUCCAUGAUUCUAAAUGGUUCUAAAGUACUUACAAAACUAGAGGGCGCUGGUGCUUUGCUUCUAAAGUGUUGCUAAAGUUCUGGUGGUGAAAAUAUUUAGAACUCUAAUAAAACAUUCAAAAUUUCAUUAUUUUAUUGCCAAUUUUUAUGACAGAACCAGUUAGGAACUGCUAUUUAUAACAAAAUUUUGUAAGUUUUGUUAGAGUUCUGAAGUUUUCACCACCAGAACUUUUGCAACACUUUAGGAGCAAAGCACCAGCACCCCCUAGUUUUGUAAGUACUUUAGAACCAUGGAUCGCCCAUGUGCAAUACACACCACAUCAAUAACAUUAAUAAAGGCCUUGCCUUCACCCUUAUGCAAUUCUCCCUUGUGCUGCGCUUUUGCUGAGGAUGCCUUCCAUAAAGCAUGUGAGCAGCAUGAAUCUCUUCCCCUGUUUUAUCUGGCAGCUGAACGUUGGGGUUUGGCUUUUGUGGAGAAUUGCCGUUUACAGUGUUGCUAUGAGAAAGAAUCACCUUGCUUUCGUGAUUUUUCCUUUUCAAUCAUGGGGAUCAAUUCUCAGGAAGCUGAAUCUUGAAAGAUGCCUCCUAAUAACUGUAGUCCUUGCCUGCUGUUUUAGACGUUGAGAUCUGGGGCGCAGGAUUUAUAGACUUCCCCCCAUGAAAAUCAUCCCCAUGCCAUCCUUUCUGAACUUCAACUGCACACAGAUUUUACCAGUGUGGCAAAUUCUUUUUGUAAAAAAGCCCAGCUCGCAGGAAAUCUGAUUUCCCUCUCCUUUUUUGCUCAUGUGCACUUGCUCUCACAUUUUUGAAAAAAGCCAAAAAAUAAACAGUCCCCACCUACAUUUAUUGUGGUCUACUUACAAAGAGUUGUUCUUUUUAAUGGCUUAUUUCUACACUUUCGACUGUAGCAAAUGUGUUUGACACAGCAAACCACCUCCUCAUUGAACCCGUCUCUGCUCACCCCAGAACUGCAUGUCAUCAUUUGGGGGGACAGACGACUGCAUGUGCCUGUAAGGAGCCCGGCCAUUGCUGCCUUUCAUGCCAAAGCGAGGCUCCGCCUUAUGCUUUUACUCAAGCAGGCUUUAGUGUAAGAGUGUCUUUCUGGCACCGGUGCCUCUCAUAGCCGCCGCCACUGUAAUGUCUUGUAGCAAAUAAAAAAGAGAAGAAAAUGUG